UCGGAGUAUUAUUUUGGCAGCCAUUUUGAGUUCGGACGCCUCAAUCGCCAUUACAGGUCGAAAAAAUUGAUGAUUUUUCGUAAACAACACUGAAAAUAAGGCAUGAUGAUGUCCAGCCUUCUUUUGGUGAAAAUGCAAGAAAUUGGAUAAUGGAACUUCAUUCUCCAAGAUUCAGACAAGUGGUUUAGAUACUUUUGCAAAACUGUUAUUUAUCAAAAGUGAUGUGGGUCUAAAGCAGCAAUGUGAUAUCACAAAUACUUGAAUUGGAGGGCUGUGGCAGCCUCAUUCUUUUUUUCUUGCUUUUAUGCUAAAACUGACAUCAUGGUAAAGGAAGCAGACAAAAGCAUAGAAGUGAAUUCCACUUAUCUAGAGUGGAUCUUGGAAGCUGUGCAUAAGAUUAAGCACCAAAAACAGAGACCUAAUCAAGAACGGAUAGUUAGUGCUAUUCGUCAGAAUCAUCAAGUGUCAGAAGAUUCUAUUGAGGAACAACUUGAAUUAGCUGUCAAGUGUGGUCAAAUUCUUCGUGUGAUAAGUAAUAAUGACUACACCUACAAAGACCCAGCAUUAAGCGCUACACCUAGUAGAGCAAAAGCUGUUAAUGUUGGAAAAAAACCGGAAUUAAUCAAAGCUGUGAUACAAUGUUUGAAAGAAUCAAGAGAUUCCAAAGGACUCACAAUAAAAGCUAUAGAGAAAUACAUUAUCUCCAAGAACAAUGCAAAAGGCAAUGGUGCUGCAGAACUGACAAGAAACCUUCGCAUAUUGGUGCGAAAGGGCAUUCAAAGAGGCCAGUUGGUUCAGACUGGAAAACUAAUCAAGCUGCCAAAGGGAAAAGGUCUUAUGCAGUCUGUCAGUCUGGAGGAGGCGAAUUUUGAAGUGAUUUUGCCGUUUGAGCGAAAUAAGAAACGCCAUGCACCAUUUAUUUUGUGCAGCUUCUGUUGUGAAGAUGCUGAGAAAAAUCGAGAGGGAGAAUAUGAAGAUUUGAUCUCCUGUGCAGAUUGUGGAAGCAGUGGUCAUCCUUCAUGUUUGAAGUUUUCUGAAGAACUUGCUGCAAAGGUGCGCAAAUUGCGCUGGCAGUGCAUCAACUGCAAAAAGUGUUCAUUCUGUGGAAAAUCAGGAAGAGAGGAUGACAUGCUCUUCUGUGAUUUCUGUGACCGAGGCUUCCACAUGCCAUGCUGUGAUCCUCCCAUUACAAAGCCACCUAAAGGGGACUGGAAGUGCAAUCUUUGUGAUCCAGAGCGAGGCACCAAGAAAGGAAAGGAAUUCCUGGAGGCAGCGCUUAAGUACACAGCCAAAGUUAAAAAUCAACUUCAAGCAACAUCCAAACAAAAACUCAAGAAAGCCAAGUUAUUCCAAGCUGCUAAAAGGAAGGCUGCUAACUGGAAGGGCCGAAGUAAAGGGCCAAGGAAGAAGAAAUCUGAGAGUUCUGUAAACUCAGAUGAUGACGACGGUGAUGAUGAGGAGGACAAAUCUGAGGAUGUUUUAUCCCCAAGUGAGUUUACAGCUCUAAAUGGGAGUAACUUGGAGGCUCUGAGUGUUUUACCUGAGACCAAAAACCUGGUUGAUGGUUUGUCUCGUUUCUUCACUCCAUCCAGUAAACGCUCUUCAAGGGUAUCACUCAGUGCUAUUCAGCCUCCCAUAGUUGGCUUGUCCUCUGAUGAAGAAUACGAGGAGAGGUACGCCAAGGAAGCUGUGAAAAGUAAAAGGCAGAACAAACUCUUUGUCUCAAAACAAUCUUCCCCUGUUAAGGCCCAGCAAAGCAAAUCUCAGCGGGCCGCUAGUAGACUCAUCAAACGUUCAAAAAAGUUAAAGGCCAGUGGAGUGCAAAAAAAGUCCAAAGGCCCUCCCUUAAGUGGCCAGUUACGUGGACUUUUUGAUGGCUUGUCAGAGUUUUUCAAUGCAACAGGUGAACGCAAGAGGACAUUCCCGGUGUACAAUACUAUUAAGCGCAGAAAAAGCUCCUCACAAUCUUUUCUUAACACAGACAACCAAUCUUUUUCUUAUUUACGAACAACCUAUGGAAAUUCUCAUGUGCUUGAUGGUGACGUUAAAAUCUGUGAUACUACUAGUCGUGAUAGUCUGAGUGUGUGUGUACGUGACACCAUGGGUAGCAGGCAAGGACCAGCUUCUUCACUGUCAUCUUCAUCGCGCCAGUCUUGGUGGGAGGAUGUGGAUCGACUGAUGCAAAUGACUUUGCAAGAAUUCCGACAAUAUGGGGCCAAAUCCUCAGCAGUUCGCCAUAGAUCUUGGGCCACAAGAGGGCGCAGGACAUUCUUUGGUCGAGGAGGACGUGGCAGAAGCAGGGGCUUCAACCAGAUAUUCCGGGGUACUGUUCGUACUAAAGCAGGCAUGGUUUUGCCAUCAUACGUGACAGAAGAUGAUAUUGCUCUCUUCAAAGAAGCUCAGGAAAAAACUCAAACGGACCUGUUCCAGGGUUUGCCACCUGUUGAACCCAGAACUAGUCUCCCUACUGCUGCACAGCUCCUAGAGGAAAACAAAGAAGGAAAAGCUGAUGCACCUAGGUAUCCUCCAUGUAUAGAACUGGGUCGGUACGAGAUACAGACCUGGUACUCAUCUCCUUAUCCUCAGGAAUAUGCCAGCCUGCCUAAGUUGUACAUAUGUGAAUACUGUCUAAAAUACAUGAAAACAAGCAGUAGUCUCCAGCGGCAUUUUGAGAAAUGUGAACUUCGCCACCCACCUGCUGAUGAGAUUUACCGAAGUGGAAAUAUGUCGGUCUUUGAAGUUGAUGGUCAGAUCAGCAAGUUGUAUUGCCAAAAUUUGUGUUUGCUGGCAAAACUCUUCCUGGAUCACAAGACUCUUUAUUAUGAUGUGGAGCCUUUCUUAUUCUAUGUGUUAACUCUCAACGAUCAGUAUGGAAGUCAUGUUGUGGGGUAUUUUUCAAAGGAAAAGCAUUGCCAGCAGAAGUAUAAUGUCUCGUGUAUCAUGACCAUGCCUCAGUAUAUGCGAAAAGGAUAUGGGAGACUUCUCAUCGAUUUCAGUUACCUUUUGACCAGGAAAGAGGAGUGCACUGGAUCGCCUGAAAAGCCGCUUUCAGCUCUGGGUGCUAUCAGCUACAAAGCGUACUGGCGCAGUGUGGUACUGGAACAGCUCAGUGCUGUAUCGGACAAGACUGUGACAAUCAAAUCCAUCAGUGAGAAGACUGGUCUGUGCCCACUUGAUAUUCUACAAGCUCUUAAAGACCUCAGUUUCUUGAAGCAACAUGUGGACAAGUAUGUAUACAUUACUUUCUGUGUUAAGAGGGUAAAUAAUAUGUAUGGCAAAAGUAAUAAUUAUAAUAAGUAUGUAAAUUUCAGUGCUUCCAAACUUUUUCAGAAGUACAAACGUCCUUAAAGUCCUAUAUUUGCCUUGCGGUCUCAUCAUACCAACUUUGUCUAUAAAAAUGUGUUAUAUUAUAGACUAACAGGUAUGUCAUAACAAAGGAUCCAUUCUUGCGUAUGGCGGAAAAGACACAUGCAAUGCUGGCAUCUACUUCAAAUGGCCUAUUUUGGCAAUUUUUCAAAAUGAAUGCACAGUAUUGAAUAUCGUAUCAAAAUUAAGCUCAAACCCUGUAGAUUUCAGAAAUGUUUAUCUCAUGGGCAACAGCUGUCUCGUUAUGUAAUAAAAGGCGUGUAAUCACAGGUACCCAGGUGUAAACGUUUAAUUAACAUAAGUUCAAUUUACUCACUUAAAAGUGAUUUCAAUUGCUUAUCUCUGCAAGAAUGUCUUCCAAACUGAAAGCAGGACCCAUCCUGAUAUACUCAGAGCAUAUAUCAGCAAAAACAAGCAGAAAAUUCGAGAAUUUAUGAAAAGAGGAGACAAUUAAAUGAAGCCGACCAAUGCACGGUUUACACAAAUAUAUUUAUUACACCAAUUAAUGAGUAGACAUGAGAAAAAAAA